AAAUGGGACACAGAAAGAAAGAAAGAAAGAAAGAAAGAAGCAAAGUAAAGCAACAGCUGCUCUUCUGCUACUCCCACCAUCCCCUCUUUCUUUCAUUUCUCCCUCAACACACUCCACCUCUUUUCACGUGAAUUUCUAGGGUUUCCACUACUUUACGCCACCGACAUACCUCCACCAUCCGCCCAUAUUUCCACCAGAUCCGCCCAAUUUCCACCGUCAAUAACCUCCAUUUCACUCCAAUUUGCCUCCAUAUCCGUUAUUACAGUUAAUUCGUUUCAUAUACUGGUUCUCGUUGACCUUAAUUGCGUCAAUUUUGACUUCCGUACAGCGGUGCAGGUAAGUCAACAGGUUUUAGAUUCUUCUUACUUGUAGCGUGAGGUUACGUUAACCUAGAUCUAUUUUUUAUUAAGUUACGUGAAUUGAUGACGUCACACUUGAAGUUAGUAUCCAGAUAAAGUGAAUCCGGUGACUGUAGGUGGCAUAAUGAUGAAUUAAUGGUGAAUUUGUGAGUUAAUUAGGUUGUUAACAGGUGUUGUGAGCUGUUUAUGUUAAGUUACGUGAAUUGAUGACGUCAUGCUUGAAGUUGAUAUUCAGAUGAAGUGAAUCCGGUGACUGUAGGUGGAAUAGUGAUAGAAUAAUGAUGAAUUUGUGAGUUAAUUUGGUUGUUAACAGGUGUUGCUGUGAGCUGUUUAUGUUAAGUUACGUGAAUUGAUGACGUCACAGUUGAAGUUGAUAUUUAGAUGAAGUGAAUCCGGUGACUGCAGGUGGAGUGGUGAUAGAAUAAUGAUGAAUUUGUGAGUUAAUUAGUUUUUUAACAGGUGUUGUUGUGAGCUGUUUAUGUUAAGUUACGUGAAUUGAUAACGUCACAUUUGAAAUUGGAGUUCAGAUGAAGUGAACCUGGUGAAUAACGUGAAUUUGUGAGUUAAUUAGGUUGUUAAGAGGUGUUGUUGAAAUUUAGGGUUUGUAAGUUAGUAUAUGAUUGGGAUGUGUGUUUGUUGGAUGAAUUAAGGAGUUAAAUAAUGCCUGUUUCACCGGCGAUUGUUUCGCCGGCGAUGAGACGUUCGCCAGGGAGGGAAGCGAGAGGCGGUGGUCAUAAAAGAGGAUGUAGUCUUGAGAGUGGAAUGGUGUUUAAGGAGAGAGAUGAUGAUCUGGCUUUGUUUAAUGAGGUGCAAAGCAAAGAGAGAGAUGGUUUUUUGUUGCAGGAUGAUGAUGAUUUUGAAGACGUUUUCGUGACCAAGUUAAGGCAUUUUUCAGAUCACAAGAAUGGAUUAAAUGUUGCUGCUCGAGGAGAAAGCAGUGACCUCCUCAAUGCAGAAGAGGAAAAGAAUGAUUACGAAUGGUUAAUGACUCCUCCUGAUACCCCUCUGUUUCCCUCGUUGGAUGAUGAGACGCCUCGAGUUAUUCCCGCACAAAGGGGUAGACCUCGAGCUCAACCCAUUUCAAUCUCCAGAUCAUCAACAAUGGAAAAGAGCCACAGAAGCAGUAGAGGUAGUCCAAGCCCAAAUCGUUUGAGCCCAUCUCCACGUUCUCACGAACCCACAUUUCAACCCAGAACUCGGGCCACAUCAGCACCUAGUUCUAGCCCACCACCUACCCGUAGGCCCGCCACUGGAUCGAGAAGACCAUCAUCCCCAUCAAGUAAACCUUCCUCACCACCUCCACGAGCUUCUACACCACCUUCAAGACGAUUAAGUACCGGUUCUACUAGUACUACGAGGGGUAUUUCAGUCAAUUCAGCUUCACCAAAAAUAAGGGCAUGGCAGGCAAAUAUUCCUGGUUUUUCCACUGAAGCACCACCGAAUCUCAGAACAUCUUUAGCUGACCGACCUGCGUCUUAUGUACGUGGAUCCUCACCCGCUUCUAGAAACGGGAGAAAAUCGAUGUCACCUACUGCACCUAGAAGCAUCAGCUCGUCUCAUAGUAGAGGUUCAGUUGCAUCUUAUGCUGCUGAUGAUGAUCUUGAAUCUCUACCGUCUGUUACUGUUGAUGGGUCAGAACGAUCAAAUUCGAGGAGAGUGAUCGGGUUUAGAAAUAAUAACUAUAAUAAAGUUCCUUCUCCUCAAAAGCCGGGCCGAACACUUACUUCUAGUUCUGCUCCAAAAAGAUCCUUUGAUAUGGCACUUCGACAAAUGGAUCAUAGAAAAAGUCCCCAAAAUAUGUUCAGACCACUGCUCUCGAGUGUCCCUACUUCAAAUUUUUACGCCGGGAAAUCAAGUCCCGCUUGGAAUUCUUCGGUAACAACUAGUAGUAAUGCAAGUUCCGAUUUUGGCACUAGUGGGCCCCACAAUAUUGAAGAAAAUGAACUAAACGAUGACGAGGCAACAAGUGGAAUUACAAAGGUCCCAGAUUCUAAUGUUAAUGAUGAAGCAAUAUUUGUGUUUGAAAAAACUGAUUCGUUAAAUGAAGAUACAAGGAUCGAAACCCAAGAUAUUUCACCAAAUGAAGAUGUAAUUGUAGAUGAUUUCAACGGCCAGGAUGAUAUGUUGGUUUGUUCUAGAUGUGGUUGUGAGUACUCUGUUAUAACGCAAACAGAAGAUGACGUUAAAGUUUGUCUAAAUUGCCGAAAGUCAACUUCAGCUUUGACCGUCGGUGAUACCGUGACAAGCAUAGUGUCCGUUGCUAGUUCCGAAACAGAAGAUCAUGAAUUCGUCAACAACACAAUGAACACACUGAAGCCUCAGUUGACCUUAGUCAAAGAUGAAUAUCCGGAGUUGACUUGUAAGGACGAAUCGCAAUCUGAGCAACAUGAAGAUUUACUCAAGGAUGGUGGGGACCGUGAACUGACCCAGGUCAACCAUGACGAAAUAAGUCAACCAAGUUCAAGUUAUAGUGACACGCGGGGAGAACAAAUUCAGCACACUGUUAACACUGUUGACUUUCCAAAGUCAAAGGAUGAAUCUUCAGAACCAGAAGGUAUUUCAACAAUUCUCAAAAGGUCUAGUAGUAUGAAGGGGCCGGUUACACGAAGCAGGAAUUUUUCAGCCAGUAGCAUUUCUUAUGAUGCUCUUUCAUAUAUGUCUGCUUCGUCUUCUGUUGACUUUGGGCCUCGUUUACAAAGUCAACUGAGUAGCAGGAGAUCCGACACAGAAAAUUACAAAUAUGACCCUGUGAAUGUAAAACAUCGACGUAGUGUGUCAUCUUUAUCCGGAACUUCUAGUCAUGCCUUCCAUCCUUCUAGUGUGGGAACAAGUACACUCGAUCCAUUUGAGGUAUCCGUUGUCCGUGAGGAUCGAGAUGUUGCUGACUCAGCAUCUGUGGGACCGCAAGAAAAUCCAAGUGAAAACGACACAUGCAAUGAAAAUGUUGAUUCAGGUGACGUUAUGUUACCUGAACUUGUAAACGAGCCUUCUUCGUUAGAGGUAUCCGUUGUGCCCGUGGAGAGAGAUGUUGCUGACUCAGCAUCUGUGGGCCCUCACGAAAAUCCAAGUGAAAACGACACAUGCACUGAAAAUGCUGACUCGGCAUCUGUGGGCCCUCAAGAUACUAAUACUUUUACGACUUGUACUGUUGAGGAAGGUACAAGUCUAGCUCCAGGUGUCGAUAGCAAUGAUGUGACAGAAGUUUCAUUGGGUGCGUUAUCAGAACGAGAAGUUGAUCGAACGUCUUCAUCUUCUCCUGCUUCACAGUGUCAUUCUUCUCGACUUUCUGAGAGCAGCGUAGAAGAGUUUCAGGACCCUCAUGCCACAGCUGCAGUUAGUAAAGAUACGGAAUUCAACACCUCAAAUCAUUCAAGCAGCAUCAUUGAAGAAUCAAUGGUUUUGGUUGAAGGCCAAGAAGGAACAAAGGGAAGAAGUUUAACACUCGAAGAAGCAACCGACACAAUUCUUUUUUGCAGCUCGAUAGUUCAUAAUUUAGCCUACGAGGCUGCAAAUAUAGCGAUCGAGAAAGAAACCCCGUCAGAACCUUUAGAAAACAAUGAUUAUCAACCGCUUGUGCCAGCCGCCACUAAAAGCUAUUCCGGUAGAAAAUAUCUUCAAAGCCGAAAAACAAGCAAACGGUCAUCAAAAUCCCAAAAAACGAGGAGAAAAACAACGGAAGGAGACACCAUGAAAGCUCCUAACAGCAUAAACACGGGUGAGGAAACAGACGUACCGAAACCCCGUAUUGUUUAUUCUAAUAAUAAAGAGAACACGAAACCACCGGUACUAGAAUCUAAAUGCAAUUGCAGAAUAAUGUGAUAUGAUAGGAUAUCGUUUGAACCUAGCAGAGGUUUCAGGUUCGAAUCUAGUUUCCUCGGCUUUUUUUUUUUUUUUUUUUUUUUUUUUUUUUUUGCCUUUUAACCCCCUUAAAGUUAACUUGCGCGAUGCAAGUUGCGUUUUAACACGCCCUCACGGUUAGCAAUAAAAAAUAAAAAAGGAAUGUGGUUUGAGUAUUAAGGAUGAAUUUGAUUUUAAAUUUUUGGAUUUUGGUGGUGUAAGUAUUGUAAAGUUAAUUAGUAGGUUAUAUAUUUUUGUUUUAUUAGUGGUUUGUAUUGGUGUCAUAUAUAUAGAACAGAAUAAGAACUACUUAGCAAUUGUUGAUUGGUGUUUGGAUGUGAAGGAUUGAUUUGUCUCUUGAUUAUUUUGUAACAUUGACAAGAUUGAAUAAUAUAUUUGACAAUUUAUUU